CUCGACCUUCCAGAACCCCCCGCCUCAGAAAACCCCACCCCCAUGCCCGCCGGCCGCUCGCCGGCGCUCUCGGGCCGGCGCCGGAGCCGCAAGAAAGGCCGGCCGACACCCUCCCCGCACCCCCCCGCCCAGGAUUCGAACCCGCUGCCGCACGGAACCGAGGUUGAGGUCCGCAUCGACGACGAGGGUUUCUACGGCUCUUGGUACGAGGCCACCGUCGUCGGAUUCGACCCCGGCGCCAGCUUCUGGUCCCCGGCGAGGUACACCGUGACCUACUCACACCUCGAAGCCCAGGGCGGCCCCGACUCCGUCGCCCCCUCCUACGUCCGCCCGCGGCCCCCGCCUCCAUCGACCCCUGCGCCGCCGCCGCGCUUCCUCCUACAUGACUUCGUCGAGGCGUUCGACGACAACGGCUGGUUGUCGGGCAUCGUCGUCGCGCCCAUGCCCGCCGACCCCAGCUCCCCCGUCACCGUCGCGUUCCCCAUCACCCGCGAGGUCCUCCCUUUCCCCCCACACCUCGUCCGCCCCCGCCGCGAUUACGUCGGCGGCGAGUGGGUCCUGUUGCGGGCCGUGAUCGCCGUCCAGCCGAGGCGUGCCGUCAGGGUCUACAAGGCCGGGGAGAAGGUCGAAUUGCUGAGGGAACGGGGUGCGUACGGCGACUCCUGGUUCCCCGCGACGGUGGCCAAGGUCGACAGGCUGAGCUACGUCGUGGAGUACCUGGAUGAUCAGGUGGGCGGGGGGAAGGCGGCGGCGUACCGGCAUUGGGGGUACAUCAGACCGGCCGAGUACCAUCGCCCAUGGGAGAGCAAGGCAUGUCUUUGUCCUGACACCGUGGUGGAGGUGUACUACAAUGGGGCAUGGUCACAGGGAGUGGUGUGCAGGGUUGUUAGGGAGGGCUGUGAGUAUGAGGUCAGUGUCCAUGGCGAGGAGGCGGAGCAGUUGCUAACCAAGGCGGCACACCAGCUGAGGCCACUGUACAUUUGGAACGGCAAGUGAUGGACAAAUCCGGGUGACAAGGUAAUACGACAAGAUACAGGUUAACUUGAUGCAACAAUCUACAUCUUGGAAAUGUUCAAGCUCACCUGGUGAUGCCACAUCUAGUGAUGAUGAACACAGUAGUAUUCCUGAAUCUCCAACAACCAAAAAGUUAAGGAAAGAACAUGCUCCAGUAUCUGUGAUGGAUGCUUCUCUAUGUGCAUUGUGCAAGUCUCUGGCAAGUGAUCAUUGUCCGAAUUCAUGCCUUCCGUUAUCUGAAAAGAAUGGUCUUUCCAUGUUUCCACACAAGGCACUGACUACCAGUUCAGUGUCAAUGAAUAGGAUUCUUUGUGCUUCCUCAGGACAUUCAACGCCUCCAGAGGCAAGUAAUCAUUCCCCAAAUCCGUGUCCUCUGCUAUCUGAAAAGAAUGGGUUUCUUUGUGCUUCCUCAGGAAAUCCAGCACCUUUAGAGGAAUCUGUACCAGGUCUUAUUGGCGAAAUAGAGUGUAGUCGAGAUGCCCUAUCCGAGGUUGUGCCUUCCAUUGGUCAGCUUAAUACACCUAUCUGUGAAAGAAAUGUUGAUGAGGCCUGUGAUAUGUCGUCCAUUCCAGAAGUAAGAAAACAAAACACUUCAUCUCUUAGAAACCAGCAGAUACAGGAAAGACCGUUCUUUAUCAAGGCAGUCAGGGUGAAGAAAGGCAUUUCCAAGAACAAAAUGGGGGCAAUACACCCUAAAGCAAAAGCUCAGGGGAAAAUUGAUGCCUCUAAUAAUGUGCAAAUUCAGUUGAAGGAAAACAAUAAUUCAACUGGUAAAGAAAUUGUUUGUGCUUUGACUCAACAGGUGUCAGGAGGGACAAGUAGCGGAGAUACUGAAGGUGUUAACUUUAAGAAAUUGGCUACAAAGGAAGGUUCUGGUCUGUUGGAUAAAGAGCUGUCUCCUAUGAUCAACAGGGUUUGUCAAGCGAACAGAAAUGUAGUGUGCAUAGACACUGCUGCUACACAAGUGAAAAAAAGCAACCCUCUUACAGAGAUACCUAUCCUAUCUCUUGAUCAUCUAGUUCAACAGGAUGGGAGCAAAGUGGAUGAGAGGUCAAGCAUGCUACGUCCACAGAAUGCCAAGAGCUCAGAGUUUAUCACGGACAGCAUACAAUCGAGGACCUCCUCCUUUUCUGGGAGAUUCUCUCAAAUCUCUGAUUAUCAGGUUCCUUUUGUUAAGAGAUCACCUGUAUGGGCUAUAUUUGAUGCAUGGGAUGUGUUUAAGAAGGUACCGCAGCAACCACAUUUUCGUCCACUUAUGGAAUUUUCGCCAGCAUUGCGUGAAGGAAUUUGUAUAGGUCUGAUGACCACAUUUGCCAGCACAGUGAAGGAUAUAAGCGAAUCAAGCAUAGCAGAUAACAUUGCAUCAUUUAAAGAGAAGAUCACUACGCUUUGCCAUCUGGAGGAACAUGGAUUUGAUGUUCAGUUUUUGCGGUGUAGCCUGGUUAAACUGAUCCAAAUCAAAUCUGAUCAUACUAGUUACCUCACAGAAAAAGACCAACUGAAAGCACAGUUGCUGGAGAAGGCAGCUUGUCUAUCCCGAAUUGAUGAGCAACUUGACAAGAAGGAACAAGCUAUGGCUAGGCUUGAGGAGGAACUUGGGCGUGCUCGCUGGGAAACGCAUAAGAUAGCUAAGGAGAGAGCAUGAAGAUGAAGAGUUAUCAAGACUGAAUGCAGCUGACAACGGCGUUGAGGAAGCAUGUGCCGGAGCUGAACUGCAGUUUCAAAGUGUCUUGGCUGAGCUGCGUCGCGAGAGCUUAACAUCGUAAGUUGCCGAUUGAUUAGUUUGAUCUCUCUAGCUUGAUAGCUUGUUAACUAAUGCUCCAGGGCAGUACUAAGAAGAAUGCUCCAGGGCCUCGGUUACCGAAUUUGAUGUUGUGGUUGUAAGGUCCUGUAAUGUCUGAAUGAAUCUGCAUACUCUCUUUCACUGUUUGUUCUUUUGUGGUUUGGAACUUUAACGAUAACUUUAGCCAAACAUCGAAUGGUGUUGCUUUUACCUGAUUAAA